UAUGAACGGUCGAGUAACACCAUUAGUCGACAUGUCUAAGUCCCUGGAAAUGCACAACAUGCACUCUCCGGGUAGGCAAUGUUUACUUUGUUUCGUCAGUGAUUUCUUCCUCUUUGGGACAGUAGUAGCUCACACUAGUUUAAGAGAAGAGCAUGUUUCUCUCUCUGUUACUUUAUGAAGCCAAUCAUAAUUCUAUUUGUAAAGAGAAGUUGAUUUUUUCCCAGAUCAAGAGUACGAUGGAUCGGAUGAUGCGAGGGACAUCAACCGAGGAUUACGCCAGCUUCCAAGCCGCAGUGCUCACAGAUCACUUCAUAACACGAGUACGAGAAGAAGACGUUCUAGUUCAGUGAGACGAGGUUCUGUGAGAGCAGCAAAAGACGUAGAGGUUAUAAACAUUGAGGAUUACGCUGACGAAAUGGGGGAGGACGAAAUGGUCGAUCCGAAAGAAAUAAACCAACCGAUGUCGGCAAAACGACGAUACAAGUAAGCUUUGUAUUCAAUGAACAGCAUUUUCAGCUUAUUUUUCUACUUGCGUUGCGCUUGAACAUGCCAUUAGCUUUUGGUUGGGUUUAAGCUUAAUGUUUUUGUUUUUACGGAGAACUCACGCUGAACUUUUGUCAUUCUGUUUUUUGUGCUCGCGGCGCACGGUGGCAUCUGGUUUUCACGCAAAGAUAUUUCAUUCACUUCUUCUGUUCUGUGUUGAUAUAAAUGUAGAAAUUUGGUAGAGCUAGCAGUGUUAUGGUCAUCAAAUCAAAGAUCAGUUAAAAAUACUACCGGCUGUGCCGAAUCUCGUUCUUCAGUUUGCGUGAAUAUAUUUUAAGCUCAAGUUGUCACUGAAAUGCAAUGAGAUUAGUACUGACCCGUUAUGACGCAUCGGGCGCUGAUCCAUUUAUUUGCCGGGGGAUAUUUCUUCUCAAUGUAGCAAAGGAAUUAAUACAACUGUGUAAUAUAAGGAUCGAGCAAAUAUGUAUUUCAGUUUAUGUUCCGCAAAAACAGUUCAAAAGCAAAACUUCUAAUCUCACAACAGCUCCUGAAAGAAAUACACAAAAGAUCUCUCUUCAUCAAAUUAAGCCUUAAUAGUAACGGUUUGGAAACGAACGAGUAAUGUGUUGGAAGCGGCAUUUUAGCAUUAAAGUUCCUGUGAGUUGUUCUUUUGACAGAGUUGGUUUAAUCUAAGGAGUUAUCUUUCAUUCAUCCAUACUCUCCGGCAGUGGGAAAUGUCUUGUUUUGGCUACCCUCACAGCUGGGUUUAAAUUUAGCCGUUGCCAGACAUUGCUCAACGUUGGUAACUAUUUUAUUUAAUCUUCACUUUGGUUAAACAAAUGAACUGACGGAAGGAUGUAGUAUUGAAAUUACGUUAUAUUUCCGAUAAGUGAUAAAUUUGUUUGUAGUCUUGCCAAAUAACAUGGUCCUCAGUAGCAAGAACUACAUUCAGUCUUAGUCAGUGCCAAAUAACUGACCAGUGUCAGUAAAACAUAGGGUUGUCAAUACAUGAGAGUUUGUGACUCGUGACACAGAAAGAGUCUGUCGUCCAUAUUAGUGUUUUAUGAAGCAAGUUGUUUUUAAAGAAUAUAUGUGACUACCUUUUCACCUGGAAAGAUGGCCCAUUGUAGUAUGUGGGUGUCCAUACUAAGCAGGUGUCUGUAGAGUAGAAUUCAACAGUACUCCUGUCCUGGCACCAGGUUUAUUGAGAGAUAAUGGUACAAGGAUAUACCUUAUUACAUGAAAUUUUUGUGACAUUUCGGGAAUUUUGCGAUACAAAAAAAUUGAAAAAUUAAAGUGAUGCGAACAAUAAGUGUUGCACACAUAACAUGAUUCGAAAAUUAAGUGACUCACAUUAUGUCAAUAAUCAAGAAAGAACGAGUUUAUUACCACCAAAACGUGUACAAAAUCCCUUUUUUUUACUGUUCUGAGGCAAUGUCUUGGUCAUCCUCAUCGCUACUGCUUUAUCUCCUCUCCAGGCAGUACUUCUUUUGUACAGUCUUCAUACGUCUUCAGUCUUCCAUUAACUUGCUCCCUGACUGGCUUCCAUGUUUUUUGAAGAUGCUUCCAUUUUUACUGUCGCCUCCACUGGAAUUUCCAAACCUCCUUAGCACCUCUUGAAAUUAAAAAAUCUUGUUUAAGCAGCUAAUCUCAUUUGGCAGAUGACUAACGUUACUUUUUAUUCAAGGACGUUAAAUAACAUUGCCAAUGAAAUGUAAAUUGUGGUAGUCACAAAAGGCAACAGUUGCAUUAAGUUGGGUCUUCAACUGCGAUGAUCUUCAUCACAUUUACUUUAAAUGAUCGAUUAAGUGCUGCGCUUAUUUCAUUUUCCCUGUUAUAGGUGCGGUGCUUAUACGAGAGUAUAAGUAUAUUGUACACCUCGAACUGUUAAAUAUGAACCUGGUUUCAAGAGUUUCCCUACAUCAAAAAUUAGAUCUCGCGAGUUGGUCGAGGUCUUUAAUUUCUCAAGUGAUAUCAUGCAUGCCUUAGCAAAGGUUGGGUGUUAAUUUGUAAAUAACCAAAUAAGCACCACAGUAUUUAUUCGAGAGUGGUGCGUAAUUGAGUAGGGGCACUUAAUCGAUCAUUUAUGGUAUUCUUUAUCCUGCCAUUCAAACAUGUGAAAAUCAUAUAAUAACUCAUUAUUAAAAUUAUUGUAGUUAUUAUCAUUAUGGCAGCUGGAGAAUAGCAAAAACACAUGUAAAUUUACUUUGGGUGUCUAGAUGAUAGGAAGACUUUAUGUUCAUUCCUUAUUCUUAUUCUGAUUUGGAGAUAAAUCCAUUUACACUGGGCAGGGUUAGACUGGACAUUAUGAAUUAUUGUUUCAUUUUACCUUCCUGUCAGUUUUCACACUUCAAAUAUCUGUGGUAGACUGUCAUAAGUUAAAUCUUUACUUGUUUUAAAUAGUAUUGGUAUUAAUAUGGAAUAUAUAUUUGUAGGAAAUCAGUAAAGAAUUUUCAGCGGCAAAAACAUAUAUCCAGAUGGAAGGCAUUUAAAUUACGAGUGGCCAUGGUUAGUAACUAAACAAUCUUAUUCUUUAGUGAGGCCCACUGAAAUCCCAAUCAAUUAAUAGCACUUAACCUAAAAGACUACUUGGUUGGAUGAGGAUACCAGGAUUUAUAAAGUAACAUAGGGGAAAAUGUUAAUUAUUGUCUUAGCAUGGAUCUACAUUGUACACAGAGUACAUGUGUAAGUUGUUAAGCUCCUAAAGUUGCUGAUCCUUUGCGGAAGUAUAAAAAUUAUGUGUCUUUAUCAGCAUUACUGUAGUGCUGUAGUAUCUUUUACUUUCUUUUUCUUGCUACCAAUUUUGUUGAGAAAGAUUCCAAGGGGUUGACAGGGGUGCAAAUAAAGUCAUUUUUACAGCUUGCCAUUCAGGCAAGCAGAAGCUAGCAAUUACUAGCCCAAACCUCAUUUCAACUAGUCCCCAAAAUUUUUUGAUGACCAGAAUAAUUGAUUUCACAGUUCUUCUGUAAGGUGAAUUUCUCAAAAUACUUCAGUUGCCCAUUGGGCAAGUUAAGAACGGAAUUCACUAGCCCGAUAGCAAAAUCCACUAGCCCCAGGCUAACAGACACUACUUUCUUUGCAUGCUGGGGUUCAUGCUAAAUAAUACUAAUCAUGAAUAUCAGACAUUAAUGAUAACUACCGACUUUUAGCCCACCACAACAUUUGAGUGCAUUUCAUAAUCUCUGAUUACUCCUGCAGGGUCUUUAAUUUUUUUCUGGUUGCUGCUGUUUGUAUCAUUAUAAUAUUAUAAAAUAAUGGAGACUGUUUUGUUAAUCACUUCUUUUUGUUUGCUCUGAAGUACUGGACAAUGACUACAUCUUCGAUAUCUGAAUGGAGUCGUGACCUUGAACUGUGGAAAGGACAUUUCAAAGAAGUGGAAGGUUAAUUGUCAUUUCAUGUUUCAUAUUAUGUUAUGUCAAGUCUGUCUAGAACACAUAUUAAAUAUUGGAAUUAGUGUAUUAUACAUGUGCACUGAAAGUUUUGUUUUAAGAGUUAAUCUUUGUGUAAAGUUAAGUGAUAAUUAUCCAUUAAGUUAAUACUGAUCUGAAUAUGAGAGGGAGCAUAAAUUAUUUGCUCACAAAACUACUCAUACUACGUAGCAUCUUGUGCAGGGAAAAUAUGGCUUGUUGUCCAUUUUUCCAACUCUGUUAUAUUUUAUGAAACAAACACAUUGUUUCCCUGGCUUUUUCAGUGCAUCCGACACUCACUGCAAAGUUUGCAAAGUUUCUCUCACAAAAAAUGAUAUUUGCACUUUAUUACCUCAUAUUGUCGUUACAAAAAGAACCUGCAUAUGAAAAUUCUGUAAUUUUUUGAGGAACUUUGUUUGCAGCAAAAUCGCCACUGAAGCCCCUCAGUUGCUCUAUUAAUGUAGUAAAUUAGAUGCUAACUUUUGAAUAAAUGCCAGGGUCAUUGGAUUUGAAAUAAACCUUGACUGGUCACAUUUUGAUAACAAAAACAUGUUGUUUUGAUGUUUUUUGCAGGUCGUUUUGGAAAUGGUGUGCUAUCAUUUUUUGUUUUCCUCAAGUGGUUGAUGUUCCUGAAUUUGGUGAUCUUUUUCUUGGAGUUUGGUUUAGUUUCAUUGCCUGCUGUAAUUAUUGGCAACAUCACCACCCCAGCUAACUCAAAUUCAUGCAACUUUGACCAGCUGUUGUCAUUCAGUGAAAGCUCUAGAUCUGUAGCAGACCAAGUUAUAAACUUUAUAACUGGGCAGGUGAGGUUAUAAUGUACAAUGUAGCCAACAGCACAGUCAAGAUGUUUUGCAGUAGUAGGCAGAACAACCAGAGUAGGAGGCAGAAAAAUCCUAACCUUUCUUUGGACGCGACAAUCUGCCAGCUGCUGGCUAAUUUUGACUGGGCUGAACCUAGAACCAGACAUAUUAAGAUGUUGUAGCAUCAAGAACCCACAACACACUGAUAGCUGUGGUAUUAAACCAUUCUCUCUGGAGCCAUUUGCUCAAACUUUUAUUCCUAGUGUUAGCAAGCAAUGUGUUAUUAAACAUUAGGGGAUAAUGAUUGAAAGAGUGAUUAAAAGAACACUACACUUUAAUAAUUAUGUAAUAGUGUUAUGGUUGGAUUGUAACUAAGUUCAUUAACCCAUUCGCCCGUGGAGAUUUGGCUAAAAAAUGCAUUUUACAGCUAGUCGAUCAGUUUUCUGGUCACUGUGGUGCUAUUAAGAGCUAAGACUUACCAAAGAGCCGGUUACACAUCUUACACUUUGGGGCCUUCUGAUCCAGAUGCAAAAUAUCAGCGUGCGAAGUUUGGGCAUGCACGGAAAGCAAAAUCUCGAGAUAGUUUUGGGUUUAAAAGUGACACAGCAGUCUUGACUUUUACUUUUCUCUUUCCCUCCAUUCCCUCUUUUUUCACUUUUCUUGCCUCAUUUUUUUUUCUCUUGCUGGGCAUUUAGAAGGCUUCAUUUUAGUGGGAAAGGCUUUUAGGAUUUUAGGAUUAGGUGAAAGGAAAGGUACAAUGUAGGUGGGUAGUGGAACAAUAUUUUCAUGGAAAUUUUCAGGUCAAUGUUACAUGGUUUUUUGCCUGGCUUUUUUAUCCUGUUUGCUUGACUGAAUUGUGCUCAUUCUUGUAUGAUUUGAAAGAUCUCUUCACUCUGCACAAGUAAGCGGGCAAAGUUGUCCUUGACCAUUAAAACUGAUGUUGUGACAAACGUUAGAAAGCAUGUGGACCGGCAUGGGCGGUUACGGGUGGCUCAGGGGCGAACUGCUUAACCUUUUAUGAAAUCAGAGUAAUGGUUAGUUCUUUGUGUCAAUACCUUCCAAUAAGAAUUGAUGAAUACUGUUAGCCUCUUACUAACUGUCAGAUGCAGAUGAUGAUGGUCUGUGUAGCUCUGCAUUAUUGGUUGUAGUGAUUGAUAGCACCAGAGAUGAUGAUGAUUAAGAUUUUUGAAUGAAGUGGGUAGGAUGCAGUACAGUAACUACAAUAGUAAUUGGUCUUGGCUCCUCUGAUAGGAAAACAAGGCAUUGCUGCUACACUGUAAAUGAAUAGUAUUUUAUUUUUAAAAAGUCAGCUAAGUUUUUCCUUUUCCCUAAAACUAUGGCCUUGGCCUUAAGUGAACAUGAAAUAAUAAUGUUCUACUUUUUUGCACUGCAAUUAUUUUUGUUUAAUUUGUAAUAAAUACAAGCUAAAACGUUAUAGUCUGAUAAGCAGCUGUGAGAUAAUGCAUAACUUGUUGUCAUGCAGUACUUAAAAGAUACAGCCACUUGUUUGCUGAAUAUUUAUAAUGUUUUAUUUAUGUCUUUGCUUACUUGCAUGUAUUUCAGGGAUGGAUUAACACUACACUUAUGUUCUAUGCUGGUUACCCAGACACUGAGCUAAGAUCGGAACAAGAUGUAGAGUACAACCUUCCUUUAGCAUACCUGUUGGUUGGGGGAAGCUACUUCUUUCUCAGUCUAAUUCUUAUGGUUCGCAAGUAAGUGGAAAGUCAUACAGUUACAUAAUAAGGAAACUUCAUUCACAUGUUUUUAUACUCGUGUUAAGCAAAAACGUUGUUGUGAAGUUUCCCAGUUUUGAACAACAGAGUUUUUUUUGGACCUAUAGGGUCACAUUUGGCACAAUGGUCAUAUCAGUUGGAUGAAUUAUAGGACCACUAAAAUUAUUUUAUUUUAGUGUAUCAUUGACAGAUGAGAUGGAUUUGUGCGACUUCUUCAUUCUUAUAGUACAUGUAGUGCCAGGCUUUUUCUCCACAUGACAGAUUUGAUGAUUUUACAAUGUACUACUCUUGAAAUAAUAAAUUUUGGUUUUUUGUUAUUUUGUUCAGCUUGGCAAAGAAUUUUGAAGAAAGCUACAUUGAAAGUGGUGGGACUUCAUCAUCAUUUUGCAACAAAGUCUUUGCCUCCUGGGACUACUGCAUUAGUGAUGAAAAUACUGCAAAGGUUAAAAGUCAGAACAUUGUCCAAACUGUUAGGGUAAGUGUUUGUAAAAUUAAUAUGAAUGAAGGGGUCAGGUGUUAGUUACUUUUUGUGCUGUAUCACUCUAGGAGUGAGAGAGUGUAACAGAAAUUUUUUUUUAAGCGCUUGUAAUGCAUUUACCAAUUAAAUCGCGUGUCCUUUGCAUCUCAAGGGCUUUAGCAAAAACGUUCUUUGACAUUUCGCAGAUUUCGAAUGCAUGCAAAAUUUAGCAAUUUUUAGUUGACACUUUUUUUUGUAAAGUAACGUACAUUUUACUGUCAACACUAUUUUUGUUAAUGAUUUCCACUUUCUUUGGUAGAAGUUACUGAAAAAGAAAAUGUCUACUUUCCUGGCAUUUUUUUGGUGUGACACCUCAUGUCUUGCAUAACAAAACAAUUUGUGUUUCUUCCACAUGAACGGAAACCUUUAAGCCAAAAAUAUUAUCUGGCCAUGACUGUGGCUAACAUGCAGUGACACAGGUCUUAAAAUUGCUUCAUUUCUCUCCGCUACUUCAAUUUCCAGACAACAUUCUUGACUGCUGACAUUUUUUCGUAGAACAGUUAUGUCUUGUGUGCUGAUAAAUUUUCUUUGACUUUGUGCUAUGCUACACAAUAUCUUACUGGAGACACAAGACUCUGCUCUAAGACAAAUUGAAGGCAGCCCAGUGCUCUGAACCUGUGAAAUCCAGGGUGUCAAGCAUAGGAUUUUUAUGAGAAAAGUAAUGUUCCAGCAGGGACCAUUGGUCCUGCUGCUAGAGCACAACUCUGCAUUACCUUAAAAUAAAAUUCAUUUGAAUCAUAUUGACAAAUGUAUUGAUAUUUAAUGUUUUCACUGUGUUAAAACUGAUAGCUGCAUUAUUGAAAGUAUAAUAAUAUAUCUUUUGAGGUAGUGACCAACAAAAGGUGUCAUACUGGUAGUAUCUUAUCUUUGUUUAGGCAGAAUUAGCUGAAGAGGAGCGUCUUCUCAGAGUUCAAAAUCGAACAACAGGCAAGAAAUGCCGGCUUUACUCCUUAAGAGCCAUCAUCUCUUUGUUUGUGACAAUCCUGCUAGGAGGUGCUGUUUAUGCAAUUAUUUUUGCUGUGGAAGCUUCUACAAACACUGUAAGUACCCUCUUUCUUUACUUGUUUUCAUUUUGCACACGUGGUAAAUUGUGCUGCUUUAAAAAAAACUAUACUUGGACUGGCCAUACACUUAAGUCUUGGUCCUUCUGACAAACAGGUUAGCAAAACUGUGUGUUCUUGUGUAGGGAAAAAAAUCCAAAUUUCCUUUAGCCUUUGAAGUAAGUUCGAUUCCUUCACAAUAUGUUAACUAGCGGAGUCAUGUGUGGAAAUGUGAAGUCACUUUGUACUACAUAAAUGAAGAAUGUCUACCACAAGCAGAAACACAGACCAGAGAAGUCAAGAUUCAAAAUGACACAAAAGGGCAGUGCACAAACUUCAUUCCUCAGAGAUAUUUUGAUACAUGCUUGCUAGUACCUCCUAAUUUUGUAUUUGAUUGAAUUUUGUCUAGCAAAAAGAAAAUUGGGCUCAUCUGAGAAAAGGAAAGUAGGGAAUUUCAUUGAAGUCACAGAUAUAUUUUUGGUGUGUUUGGAUAAAAAUGCUUGCAUAAAAAAUCAUUUUAUAUUUAGUAUAAAACAGGUCAACAAACUCAAAUCCAUCUUGCUCUUUUGUUUGCUUCUUACUUGAAAUUACAUGUAACUGAAAAUUAGGUUCCUAAUUGUACUAUUAAUAAUUGUGUAUUUUGUGUAUUAAUGUGUCUUUUUAGAGUAACCAGCAGAAAGCAGCAGAAAUGGGCAACUUUGCACAGACCCUGUUGAGUUUUGCACCUUCACUGACUAUCACUGUUUUGAACUUGGUUUUACCUGUGCUGUUUACCUCUCUUUCUAAUUUUGAAGACUGGAGUCCAAGUUUUGAAGUUUCCAUUAACUUGUUUCGGUAAGUUGCAGAUUUAAUGUUAGAGCUGGUACUGCAUAGAAGGAAAAUAGAUUGAAGUAGGUUUGGUACUUAAAGUGUUUAGUUUGCCUGACAUUCUGGUGCACACUAUUAUUUAUUACUCAGUGUUUUCCGGUCUUUCUGAGUCUCUUGGGAUGUCAUGGUAACUUAGUCAUAAAGCAUUAUUUUAAUUUCAUAAGGCAAACCUUCUCACAUGUUGUUAGACCAAAAUGGUAGACCAUUCUACCUGAUGAAACCCAUUCUCUGGUUAAAACAGUAUUCAACUUAAUGGCUUGAUUCAUAAUUCCUAGAUUCAGAAUCAGUUAGUUAUGGUAAACAAAGGAAAACUCUAGUUUGAAUGAAUGAUAGUUAUCUUUAUUUCAGGAUGCCAGCUUCAACACUACCCCACAAGCCUGUAGCUUUGAAUUAAUUUUGUGUAUAAAUAAAGGUUGUAUGUAUGUAUGUAUGUAGUAAUUUACAGGAGGGUCAAAAAGUGAGAUGUACAUCACUAAAUUAAAACUAGUAAAGAUUCUAAAACAUACAUUUAAUAACAUGCAAGUAGGUAAUAGUAUUUACUUAUUAACAGGUACUUUAAAAGUCACUUUGGAGAGGUUUUUGUUUAAAACUGGAUAAAGAAGUGGCUUCCCUAAGUGAUAGAUCAAGGGAAUUCCACUCAUUUGCAGCAAAGUUGAUACUGGUCCAAUGGCCCCACCUACUUUUGGCUGUGGUUUUCCUAAGAUUGGUCCUAAAUUGGGUAUUAUAAUCAUGCAUGAAAAUCACAAUUAAAACAAAAUUGAGAGGCACAAGAAAAAAGGUUAUUAAUUGAUUUAUAAACAAAAUUGGCACUGUGCUCAGCUCUUCUGUGCAAUACAUUGUAGUGGUUUCCAAUGUAAUUUCGCUUGGGUGUCGCAAGAAGAUGUGCAUGGCGGCAGAUCUAAUUAUAUGGGCAGCUUUAUUCUGAAGCACUUGCAAGUCAUCCAUGAGUGGAUAGAGUUUCCUUGGUUGCCCCAGAUGAUGUCUCCAUAAUCAAAAUGUGAUAGUUUAUCCUGAGUAUGGAUGUUACCUUCAAUAUAAAUACCUACUGUAGCUUGAACUGUGUGUAUUAUUGAAACGUUCUGCCAUCAUGCAUGCAAGAUUGUUAUAAUGAUAAAUUAAUGUCAGAUUGCAAUUAUCUUCCAGGACUGUCUUGUUAAAGCUGGCUUCCAUAGCUGUACUGAUGAUUACACUCUAUGUAGAGGUGGGAAAGAGAUGCAGUGAGAGUCCAGAGACAUGCUGCCAACAGGUAUUGAAUCUUUGUUAUACAUUGUUAAAAUGAUGUCAUUGACACAUGCUGCUAACAAAAAAUUCUUGGAGGUAUAUCAAGUUAACAUAAUCUUCAGUAGACAGAAUGAGGGACUCCACUGGUUAGCGUCACUUUGUUCAGUGUGAGAUGACUAGGCUGAUUAAUUUCUUGAUUGAAUUUACAUUGUAUAAUGUAGUUAAAUAUACUGGUUACCAACUGAGAGAGAGAGAGAGAGAGAGCUUCCAAGCAAACCUUUGUAUAUGUUACAGGUCAAAAUUAUAUUCAGGUUGAAAUUUUUUAACCUACAGGUUGAUUCUCAAUUUUCCUUCUCCUAGCCCUAGUUCAUGAAUAAUUAGGGUACAGCUAGGAGAAAAAGUUAAUUAUUGAGAAUCAACCUGCAGGGUAAAAAAAUUUACCCUGAAUGUAAUUUUGACCUGUAACAUAACAUACUCCCAGGAAUGUUAUGGUGACUUCCAUUGAGGCUAAGUGCAGAAUUGAUUUACAUGUAAGUUACAUGAGUGGUAUGAUUUGUUAAUUUAUUGUUUUGGCAAAAACUCAAAUGUUUGGCCCUGUAGGAAUUUUUCUUGAAUCUUGAUUCAUUUUUUCAGAACUGGGAAAACCAGAUUGCAUCUCAGAUGUACAUGUUAAUUUGGAUAGACUUUUUCCUCCAAGUUGUCACAGCACUUAUAGUAAUGACAAUAUGGAAGUGAGUAUUAAUUUUUGAUGAUCUGUAAUACAGUAAACUCCCACAUACAAGAGUGAUUGCCAUGUUGAUUACAUGACUGUACAAUCAUUGUCUUUUGCUUUCAAAAGUUACUUGUAAUUGUUAUUAGACAAUAGAGACCUUGAGAUCAUGGUUUGGUCAUUUUACUUCAAAUGCCAAACUGCGGUGUGCGGUUAACGGUUUCAUGUUACCCGUCUGUCCAUAUUUGGAACUUAAGAUUUGCAGGUGGUAGCUUGUGGCAGUCAUGUUUGUUUUCAUUCAUCCACUUCUAUUUUAGCAGAGAAGUUGUCUGAAAAAAUUUUAAAGUUUUUUUGAAAUAGAAUUCGAUAAUCAAUAAGCAAAAGAAUUCUAUAGUCUCAAACGUGGGAUUGUGAUGUUUUAGGGUUCAAAAAACCUUGCAGUAUAUCACUUGCCUCUGGAGUGUGGUCUAGCUGUACAAACGUGAACCUCAAACAGCAAACCUGACGGCAAGGCCCUGGUCACGUGAAUUCUUGAUGUUCGCGGGAAAUGCUGAAAAACCUCAAUCUUAAGGUCUCUAAUGUACAGGCACUUGAAAUGUAUUUACGAAAUGCAACUGUGCAAAAUUUAUAUUAGUUUAAAUGGAUUUGAGUAGAAUUAAAUGGAUUAAAUGAAUAAUUUAAACUAAAACAUUUUUGACUGACUAACUAAGUAACAGGCUUCAUCUUCUGCUCGAUUAUACACGGUUGUAUAGUAAUCACAUGUCUGUAGAACAGUCGUCAUGGGAUGAGAGUUGCCUAGUCCCUGUACGGUGUCUUUCCAAGCCCUCUUGGUCAAUGCAUUUUGGUGAUGUAUCCAAGACGAACGGCCGGGAGAUGCCUAGACAAUCUCGGAGUGCGCAUGCGUGAGCAUUUUUGUAUUUUUGAAAAGUUCCCACGUUCAACUGAAAUAAUCUAUAAAUAACUUUGCGCGUGAAUAUCCUUCGCUUAAAGAUCGAGACAAAAAUAACUAACCUGCUUUCUGUAAUCAAAGAACAAAAAUGUUACUUUGAAUCGGAAAGAAUACUACUGUAUAACGUGCAAGUAAUUUCUCUUUUAGUUCAUUUUCAAAUGAACCAUUAAAAUAUAUUUCUUUAUUGAUAAAAAGAUUUGAAACAGUAGUUGUUGACAUUCUACCAAAUUUAGAGACCAAAUUCAAGAGCCUGUCCGAUUAGUUUGAUAAGCUUCCAAAUCCAAAACUCAAAUUACAUGAAAUAUUUUGAAGUGAAAUGAUAACAAGAAAUUUAUAGGAGCAAGCGAAAAUAGAGAAACGAAAGAUAGCUUUUCAUAUCCAAGAAUAAAUAUAAACUUAUUUCUUUAGCUAACCUUCCGAUUCUUGAUCAAAUAAUUUUUUUGCGAUGCUGUUUUGCUUAGCCUACAAAUAGUUUUUGAGAUGAAAUAAAGUUCAAAUUAGUUUAAUGACAUAAAUGAAAAAGAAAGGCCAAAGGAAUUUCAACAAUGAAAACGUUCAUAGAAGAAAAAUGCUCGGUUUAACUCUUUAUCCCCUAUACUCUCCAUGGCUGCUGCACACCUUUCAUCAAUGCGGAAAAGUUAUUUACAGCUCGCCCGCUUCCAAAAGCUCCGCCCCAAGUGAGACAAAAUGUCUCACUUCUCUGAGUUUGUCUAGGCCUCAAAAACUUUUGCGGACCACAUGACCCGAAAUGCAUUGACCGUGCAUAAUAAUGAGGCCUAGGGACUAGGCAAGGAUGAGAGUACCAUCAUAGAUGUUUGGCAGUAGCUCCAGCAAAUAAUUUGCACCUAAUUUGUUUUGGUUACAGACUCUUAUACAAGCACACUUCCUGUUUCAAGAAAUUACCAUUCGGACUUCCAGAAUUUGACAUUCCUAAACAUGUUCUGACACUUGUUUAUGGCGAAUGUUUGAUUUGGUAAGUGUUUGGCUGUGUUCUUGAGUUAAUGAAAACAAGAAGAGAUUUGUUAUGCUGUGGCAAUUUUUAUCAUUGAACUUCUGUUCCUUGCGAUGAAUGAUCGAGUUGUUUUUUUAGAAUAAAUACACCAUAAUUUUAAGGCUGUUUUGAUUGUGCAUUAGUCAAGAUCUUUUUCCAAAGACAGUGAACAUUUAGUUUACCUACUUUUUGAGAUUGCAACUGCGUAGGCUAAAAAAUAUUAAGUCUUUGUGGACCUGUUUAACUGACUUUUUAUUGAUGAGCCAUGCUUCACAAUUAAAUAAGUUCACUCAUGAUUGUAACUGUUAUAUUUAGGAUUGGAACCUUCUUUAGUCCUAUUAUGCCAGCAAUGGGUGUCAUUAAGCUCUUCCUUGUGUUUUAUGUUGAAAAGGUAUGUUGACCAGUUCAUAAUUAACUUCUAUCAUUAAAAAUGUUGGUCUUGAGUAGUUGUAAGAAGCCAGAGUGUAAGUUAUCAAAAAGUGAACAAUCACUACCACUUCAGAGACCUGUUCAAUCAGAUUACACAUUGAACAAAGGAAGCCUUUCAAAACAAAAACAAUUAGCUGCAAAGCCUAUCAGAUCAAUGAGGAGGCUUUGAAUGUCUUUGAAUAGCCUAGUGGAUAGUGUGAUUUCUGAUUGAUUUUCACCUAUCAAAACUAAGUUACAUGAAUUUGUACUGUCAGUAGUAUAAUUAUUCAUCAGUCCAUUGACACAAAUAUUGACCUUUCCCCUUUAGGUCUCUCUGAUGUACAACAAUGAGCCUUCACAGAAGAUUUAUCAAGGAACACGUUCUAAUUACCUUUUCACAGUUUUACUCUUGAUCUCCUUCCUUAUGUGUCUUGUUGCAGUUGGGUGGGGCAUUACAAGGUAAGCGGUAUAUUCUUGAUAAAAAAGAACAUUGUUUUGUUUAAUUAGAGCCAAAAUAAGUACAAACAAAAUGAAAACUAAAGGUCAUGUACUUAGGCUUCCUCCCACCUACCCCUGAUAGGUGAUUCUAUCAACCCUUUAAGCCCCAAUAUCCACAUGCAAAUUCUCCAAACUGAUCUCCAUACAUUUUCUAAAUGAAUUGGUUGAGAGAAUAUAAAAAAAGAUCAAAAAUCAAAGCAUUUUCCCUGAGGUGAUCAUUUUUACGCUUUCUUUUGAUAAUGUAUUGAUAUUGUUAGAAGAAAUAGACCUAAUUCAUCACGAUACUCGCCAUCUUUGCACUUGCUAAAAGAACUGAUGGGAAAAAAGCAAUGUCACAUGAUUUCUCAGGGGGCAGACAAAUGAUAAAAGCUGCCAAUGCAGUGGUGCUUAUCCAAAUUCAGACUUACGUUUAUGUGAAACUAUUGUUUUGCACUUUUAAAUACUGAUGUGAUCCUUAAUUUUAUUAUCAUUUUUAUCAGAGUGAGGCCAUCAUGUCAGGGACCAUUUAGGUAUGACUUGUAGAAAACUAGAUAUUUCAUUUUUUGAAACAAAAAAUUAAGAAUAAUUACUGUUAAUAACAGUACUGUGCCACAUUCCUGCAGAGUGUGACAAAAGUGCUAUCUGAUAGCCUGGGCCAGUGGAGCAACCGGUCAGGCUGUAAUGGUUUUAUAACGAGUUGUACGUCUGACGGGCAGGCAACAUUGCCAAGAUAAAGUACAAAAUUAAUGUUUGUGAAAAAGGGGGACUGGUAAGCCUGCACAACUUCUCUGGGCUAGUAAUAACAGUUUGCUGGAAGGACAGGUGAAUUUAUAAAUUUUCAUCUCAAAUGAACAAGUAAUUGAAGAAGUUCUCAUUUUGUCAGACUGAAUUGCAUGCAUUUAAUUUAGUUGCACUAUAAUCACUUGAUUUGGGAAACUUGCUCUUGCAAUUUUGUAGGUCACUGUGAUAGUGUGAUAAAAUAAGUAGCAAAUUGUUAUGACGCUUCUGUCUGCAGAGGGUUAAGGAGCUUUCAUACUGAAUGGGUUCCUCCUAGAAAAUAAUAACACUUUCUUCAAGUACAUGGUUAGAAUCUUAAAAAACAUUGGUGUGAAGAGCUUAUGUACCUUGUUAACAACGUUUGGUUCCUUUUUGUUGUAGUAAUGCGGAUUGCCUUGGAAGUAAAAGGAUCUUUGGUGUUCUGAGUGAUGAGAUUGAUUCGUGGCCACAGUGGAUUCAAGAAAUAAUUAACUACAUAAGUACAGCUGCCUUCAUUUUCCCAGUGUUGUUAGUGAUCGGGUAUGUGAAUUUACACAGAAAUGCCACUUCUUCAACUGACAAGAUUCAAUACGUUUCUUUUUUAUCUUUGGUUACCACAAAUGCCCAGAAUAGUCCCCUGGAAGCUUAAUAAAUUAUUUUAAAUUUCUGAGUUGAGGGGCCUUUUACUUCCUCAUUUAUAUUGGUCUCAAGCUGACAUUGUUUUUACUUAACAUGAAUUUAGCCUGUAACAUUAAUUAAAAAAACAAGAAACAACAACAAAAAAAAAGAGUAUCAUGCUGUAGAAAACAUAAAAUAAUGAGUAUGUGCUUUGCUUUCAAUGUCAAGCUGUAUACACUAAACUCAGCACCACAAUUCCUUUUUUCCCCUUGCAGGGGGGAUUGGGGCAUUUAUUAGAUAGGGUCCAUUUAUUUUUUAUAUUUAGCUGGGUGUUCAUUCCAAGGGGAGAACAUUGUUUGGAGAUUGGAACUCAUUUAUGAGUACUUACAGUUAUGAUCUGAAUCAUUUUUGGGGCUUUUGAAAUUUUUAAGAGUGACAAAUUAUACAUUAAUUUAUUUUGAAAAUUCAUAACGUGGUUUUACAGUAAAUAUUAUAUAUUUUCUGCUUUGUUGCAGCAGCAAUGUUAUUUUUUGCAAUGUUGUUUUGCUUAAUAUUAUUAUUUUGAUAGUUUCUUCCUCUCAAAGCACUGACUGCUAAAUUACCAAUAUAAUUUUGAUCCUCUAACACGUAUUAUUGUUUUACAUUUCACAGUUUGAUGCUGUAUUACUUCAGAUCCAUGACUAAGUCUCAUUUACACAUGAUAGAAAUGCUAAAAGAUCAGCUUGUGUUGGUAUGUUAAGAAUAAAUUAUUCACUCUCGAUUUACCAUUUUUUUGUAAAGCAGUGCCUCAUUCAUGACUUUCUCAUCUAAAAAAGGCAUGUUUAGUUCCUUUUUUGACAGUGUGUUAAGUUCACCCUCAUUGACAAGACCUUUAUAAAGACCUUCUGAAACCAAAAAACUUGCAAAAGUCUCCAAAAUGAAUUAAACCUUCAGAACAAAGAAAGCAUUUAAACUAUUUAUUAAAGUGCAGAUUCUCUAUUCAGUAGUUUAGGUAGUAAUCUCAUAGAAAUAUUAUAUAGUUUUUACAGAAUUUUAAGGUUUUUGCUCCUUUAGCUAUUUUUGAUACAACAACAACGAGCUUUAUUUGUGUGACCAUACUUGUAAGCACAUACAGUAUUGCAAAAGCUAUAUUUAGGAAUCAAAAUUACAACACAGGGCAAUUCUGUUACUUUGAUAACAUCAAAACAAGCUGAAAUGUAUUUUAUGAAUUGUAUAUUGAUAAAGUAAUAAGAAGAGUUCAUCAUUUCAUUGAUAGAAGGUCAAAAUAGCAGUCUGGCCUGGGUUGUUCAAAGAUUGGAUAGUGCUGUCCACCAUAUAAAUUACUUUUCAGCAGAUAGUAUUAGGGAAACCAAUUGCACUAUUCAGUGGAUACAUAUAGAUUAUUUUAUCCAGUGGAUAGCAUUAUCCACCUUUUAAACAACUGGGGCCAGAUAAUGAGUGAUAGAAAGUCCAAACCAGAUUUAUAAGAUUGCAUUCUGUGCAUUCCAUUUAUUCUUAGUGGAAGUCCAAAUGAAUGCUAGAGCUCUACAUAAUUAUGUGCUGCGCAUGUGCUAUUUAAGCAGCCUGGAGAUUAGGAUUGCAGGGUCUUCUAGUCACCCACAAUUAUAAAUAAACUGUAUUUGAUAUUUCAGGAGGGUAGGGAUAAGAGAUUUCUUAUGGAGAAACUUGUGCACAAGAGUACAAGAGAUGGGGAUAUAGAUGCUUAUGAUGUAGCAUCAGAGAGCACCCAGCAAACUGGACUUCAUCCAACAGCAAACAACUUCUUCUAGCUUUAAACUGGUGUCACUGACCAGCGUUUAUAGUACAUCACAUUAAUGUUCUUCCUGAAUGAAAAAGGCAAGAUCAGUGAUGACGAUACUGUUAGUCCCAUCUAGACAGGAAAGUUUUUGUGACAAGUUUCACCGCUUUUGUAUAUACGUACAUCACUACGGAAGCAACUUCUAUGUGGCGAACUAAUGUUUCUAUGCAGUCAUUUAAAAAAUUCAGUACUCUUAACAGUGGUGUGGAAGAAAUUGUCACAUAAAAUUUGCCUGUAUAGUUAGUGCUUUCGCUGUUUUGCUGCAAUUUUAAAUUAUUUAUUGUGAUAUUUUAGAUAUGUUUUCCGUUCGUUUUACACUUAAUGCAUACGUACAUGUUUUAUGCAUUGGUUCCAGAAAUUCUUCAUUAGGCCAUUUUGGAAUGGCAAGUACUACCUAAGUAUUAGUAAGGCGUCAGUUAGCAGUAUUCCUUAAAGCCAUUUUUCCAGCAUCACGUGCAAUUAAACCAAAUGCAGCAACUUAAUAGAGGCCCAAGUUAACCUUUAUGGAGAAAACUAACUUAUUAAUGCCUCCUUUGUCCUACUUGGAUUUUGUAUUGAAAAUUUUGGUACAAGAAAAUAUCUGUCAUAUAUCCUUCAAGGGUUUGUUUUGGUUAAUUUCCUCAUGCCCAUUCAGGUAUGAAUAUUUCCUGCAAGCACACUUAGCUUUCCAAAAGUACCUUAUAUUAUUACAAAAGUUGUGCCUUGAUUUAUUCUUUCAAGAGGAAAUGUGACCUUUGUAGCGGUGCUGUAGUAUGUACAUUUAUACCCACAUAUUUCUCUGAGGUGGCUUUUCUAAUGAAGUGUUUUUCUAUAGGGCAAUGUUACUUUGUAACAAUUUGGGUGGAAUUAUUCGAUAAUAUUUUAAGUUAUUUGUCUCUUGGGUGGUGCCAAGAAAAUGUUUUAGUUACAAUUUUGUGUCACUGUAUAGCUUUAUAUUAAAUUAUUUAAGUGCACCGACAUUUACAAUUGAGUGGAAUAUUGCAAAAUAAUUGAGUAUAUAUUUCAGCAAGACAUGGUGUUUGGUCACAAAAAUUACUGAGGUAUUCCAAUACAUUAAUUUUUUUUAGAUAACAAUUCACAAGCAGGCUAUUUUUACAACAAGAAGGGCACUGAUUAAUCGCUGAAAAUUUGUGGGUGGUUAUUUUUCUAUUGAAAUCAUUCCUCAUCAUUCUCCUCAUUUUUUCACUUUACAUUUGUAAAUAAUACUUACGUAAUACUCAGUUUAGUUCUCUGGGCCAGGUUGUUCAAGGUUGGGUUAAGAUAACCCAGUGUUAGUGUGAAAUUUGAAUUCAGACAUGAUACUUAGCUUAAAAAGCAAACUCAGCGUAGUUCCUGGUGUGUUCAACUUGAUGAUUGGUUGCUCUAAAAAUAGAAGAAAACAUUAUCCGAGAUAAUGCGUUUGAACAAUAGAAAAAGAAAUCCAGAUUAAAAUGUAACUCGGAGUUAGCCCUAGUCAGCCUUCAAACAACUGGGCCCUGAUGUAAUAUAGGCAUACUUUGUGAUGUUGCCUGCUCAUAAAGAAUGCUAUCACAAUAAUUAUUUUACUUGCGUGAGAUGUAACUAACCUAGUGAAUAGCAACCUCAAAGUCCAAAUUAACAUUUACUCUCACUUGAUAUUCACAAUCCGUUAAGUUUUCAUUUCUUAGAACUCUGAAGUUCAAAGUUAAGAUUUUAUUAGCCAUCCAGAAAGCUAAAUUCUUUGUAACCUGUCAUGUCCAGGGCUCAAAAUGAUUACCAGUCUUCAUGUUUUCACUUGUUAGGCUAGCUAGUGUGUUCCAGUUAUUUUCAUCAUGAGCCCUGAUGUCAUACUAAAAUAUGCAAAUUCCCUGUUUUUGUGUGAGAGUAACAGUAUUCUGUGUUUUCACUCACGUGGGCAGCAUCUAUGCAAAUUUAUUAGAACAAAAGAAAACGUUUACAUAAGAAAAGAGUUCAACUCCCACAAGACUGGUUUGGGACAUAAACAUGGCCACCAUUUCAUUGUUCUGGGACACAAGUAUGGCCACCAUGACGUCAUGUGAAAACACACAAUUAUUAUUUUAGAUCAUGGGAUACCAGUUUAAUGUAUAUUACUAUGUCAGUGGUUUUGAGUGCUGGCACUUAAAUAACCUGCAAGAAGUUAUUUAUUAAUCAGCUGCAAUGAGUAGCUCAUUAAAAUAAUAUAGUAAAUUAUAUCCUUUUGAGCUGCAAUAUUUUUUGAUUUACAAUUGGUAUUAAAAGCUUCUUGCCGUAUUUUAUCUCUGUGGCCUGUUGUAUUAUUAUUAAUUGUGGGCUUGAAAUUGUGGUUUGCAAAGUGAAUACGUCAGUUGAUCAAUGUGAUAAGGCCCCUAGUAACAGUGCAAACACACACAAAACAAAACAAGAAAACUCUGAAAUUACCACAAAUCCUCUUUAAGUUUCCGGGAGCUGAGGCUUAUUAAUUUACUUAAGAUGAUGGUCUUAGUUCUCUCCAAGGACCAGAUCACUUAGGCCUAGUUCAGGGAAUAAACUUUUCAUGAGCCAAACCUACUUGAAUUAAGUACAUGAAAAGUUUGGCAUCUGAAUCAAUUAGUAAUACCUAUUACAAUUUGGA